UCGUCUGCUUGUAGGCAGGAUGGAGAAGGUGGACCUUGGGCUAAUCAAGUGUAUCACAUAAGAGGCUACAAAUCCAGUGGAUGCUAUAAAGACACCUCUAAACGUGCAAUCCAGACGCUUGAAGGAAAAGAUUCUAUCCUGGAUGGACUUUACUGGAAUAGAAAAGAUGCUAUUGCAAAAUGCGCCGUAGCUGCCACGAGAGCGGGUUACAAAAUGUUUGCAGUUCAGAAUGGUGGCUGGUGUGCAUCAAGUGCUACUGCGCCAGUGACCUUCGCCAAAUAUGGAAAAUCCACGUCUUGUAAGCAGGAUGGGGAAGGCGGACCAUGGGCUAACGAAGUUUAUUCCAUUAUGUAACUUAGUGAUGAGAGUGAUAUUCUGGUAAAGGGCAUUUGUGUGAGCAUUGAUUGUCAAAAGUAAAAUGAAAUCAUUAAAAGCUUUGA